AUGCGUCGCUUCUCAAGGUUACGGGCGCCCGCUCCCGCGGGCCUUGUUCCGUCAAUACCCCCUUCGGGGGCACUUCGCGCGCCUGCAGCGGCCACUCGCUCGAGUGCCUCAACCCUCUCCCCACCGAACUCGACUGCGCUACACAGCAACCGGCAACCCCGACGCUGUCUCUCAACAAGUCCCCUUCAUUACGCAAAGACUCAGGCCGAACCCGAAGCUGUCAAACCUCCUACCCCCGUCGUGGAACAGCCGGCCGAACCCUCCUACGAAGACGACGAACUCACCCUUCGCCCACCGAUCGACACGCCGUUAGUCUACCCCCGCGGCAUUAUCGACGCGGAACCAGCAUCUGCCGUGACCGACCCGACUUACACGCCUGCUGAGAUGGCUACCGACCUGGCGGAGGUCGGCGGCCUGGGGGGCUGGUGGGACAACCCGGCACACUGGGGCAAUGAGGGCGGGGCCGCGGCAUACGUACAGUCGACUGUUAGUAGGUUUGGCCCUGUGGAAAAGAUUACGGAUCCUGCGGUGCUAGAGGUACUGGCUAAGCGGGCAAUUGUGGAGGCGCUGACGGUGUCGUGGUUUGGAGGGGGCAAGCCGCGUGAACGGGUGGAGGCGAUGUUUGCCCGUGUUGGUGCUGCAGACUACCUUGAAGAAAUUGCGGGGGUUGAGUUGGUUGCUAAAGAGGAUGGGGAGGUGGCGUUCAAGAACCUAGAGGACGGGAAGAGGGUAUGGAGGAUACUGCGGUCCUUGUUACCUACUCCCGAGCCGCGGGGGCAGAAAAAGGCAAAGGUGGCUAAGACGGAGGAGAAAUUAGCGGAAGGGGAAAUUGCGAAGGCCCCAGAACCUCAACAGGCUCCAGAAUCUCAGGAAGCCGCAACACCAGAGCCUGAGAUUAUCGAAGCCGCAGAGGCGGCGCCGGUGGUUGGGAUUCCUCCUGAAGUAGCGCAGGGGCUGGUGGGUUCCUGGGACAAGACGUGGAAGCAAGCCGAGCUGAAGGAUCCUGUGGUGAAGUUCCGAGCCCUCAAGCGCAUUCAGCAACUCACCGGCCACCGCCUCGGCGACGGCAAGCUGCUCGCCGUCCCCACUCUUGACAACCUCAUCAAGCAGCUGGUGGCACCGGCCAGAAGGCCAUUGCUCACACAACUUCUCGAGAAGAACGAGUCGUUUAAGGGGCUACCAAACGUGCGCGUGUUCCCGCGGCGUGUCACACCCAUCGACAAGGAGCAGAUGGUAGGUCGCUGGAAGAUUAUCGUCAAGGAGCUCAAGCAGCGCGAGCUACCUAUCACGGGUACUGGCGAUUAUAGUGGAUCGGUUGAGAGGAAAUGGUUGGAAGGAAAGGCUGAAAAAUUGUUGGUUCGCACAAGGAGCGGUUUAAUUUCUAAAGCGGGGGACUCGCAAGCUCUCGACACCCUAUUCCCCAACCUGAUGACGGACAUAUUACAGAAAUUCACCGCGCUGGUAGGAGGCGGAAUUAGUAUCAGCGCAGACGACCGCACUACGAAAUUGAGUGAACUCUUACCGGAGCUCCAGAGGGAGAAUUUAGAGGUUCUCGCGGCCGUUGUUGAGAAGCUCGCUGAUGCGGCACGAGAUGCUUCAUGGCGGAACCCCCUUGGAGAUUCCGGAUUGUUGGAUCAUAUCCUAUCAACCGUAACCGUAAAGGAGAGACCCCAACACCACUUGAACAAGCAAGCCCUGCGUCUCAUCGGAAACGCAUGUGCAGACAGCGACGAAAACCGCGCUCGGGUGGUUAAAUCAGGGGCUCUGCCCAACUUUGUUGUAGAGAUCAUCCGUGAUCCUCAGGAGGAUGCCCUCCUUCCUUUUGCGCUCGCUGCGGCGUUGAACAUUUGCGUUGAUAACAAUGCCGAACCUAAACUCGCCGACCCAAACACACCCGCAGUCCUCCUAAGUCUCGCAGCCGGCGACAAUUAUGACGCCGACUUGGACACGUUCUUGGAAAUCUGCUCCCCCGCACUCGCCUACCUGACCUUCCAGGAUUUUCAGCCCAUAUUUGUCAAGAAUGGACACCUCGAACUGCUCCAGCUGGGGUUCUCUCAGUUGUACACCCGGUUUGACCCCGAGGAUGCCGCCGACCCAGACACCGCCAAACAGCUCAAACAAACGCUAACCGAGUGGUUAAACACACACGCUCAACCUCACCUUCAAACGGCGGCCUGUUUCUCCCUCGGUAACCUUAGCCGUUCCGACGAGUCCAGCAUCAGGCUCCUCCAGCAUGUUCAAACACCCCUCCUCGACAUCGUCACUCGCGCAAUCCCUCCUCUUUCUUCUUCCCAAGUUACUGAACCCAAACCAUCCGCCCCGCCUCUUCAACUCACGCACGCAGCGCUCAGCUUCCUCAAGAACCUCACCAUCGCGCCCGCUAACAAACCCAUCCUCGGCGCCGCACUCCUUGACCCAAUCAAUCCUCUCCUCCCGCGCCUUUGGACCUCCACCCGCACACAGCCCCAGCUGCAAUUCACCGCCGUGUCGCUAGCCCGGCUCCUGCUGGUCAACUGCCCGUCAAACGUCCGGCUUAUCUGCACCCCCAACAGCAGCAGCAGCAGCAGCGACAACACGGACAGCAGUCGAAGCAACCUAGCCCUACUCACCGACACAGCCUUCUCAGCCGACGAAGAUCCUAUCAAGAUUGAAGCCACCCGCGCCGUCAGCCUAGUCUGCCGGGCCCUGCACUCCUCCCCGUCCGCAGCCGGCGACGGCGGCGUUGGCAACGAACUCCUCGACCCGUCCUGGUCGUGGACAGAAGACCAGCCAGACGAGACCAAGGAACAAACGGCCCUCGCUCGCUUCCACAAGUCUCACUCCCGUUCUGUGCUCCUCUCAUCGCUUCGUCUGUUGCUUACUAGCACGAAAUUUCCAACCUUGCGGUCUGAGACUAUUUUUGUGCUGGCGUUGAUGGCCAAGAGUGAGGAGGAUGAUGGUGCGAGGACGGUGUUGGGGGUGUUGCAGCCUUUUUCUCAGGGAGAAGUAGAAAAGGCGGGUGCGGGAUGGAUAGCGCUGUCUGAGGUGAUCACGGGGUCGGCGGAGACAGAGGAGACCGUUGCGCUUGCUAGAGCCGUUUCUGCUUCUACUUCUGCUUCUACGUCGAGAAUAGUGGAGAUUGAUGAAAACGACAAGGAGGUAGCGACGGGCAAAGGUGAUAACAACGAGAACGGGGCCAGCGAAGGAGGGGUCACGGUGGAAAAGCUUAGCUUGGAAGCGCAACAGGUGGAUUUACAGCCGCCACAGCUCCAGCAGAAGCAGCCGCACUCGCCGGCGAAAUUGGCCGGGAUGGACCGGGAGAACGGGAUGGUGUUGGUUGCUGAGCUACUUAGGAGGUUCCCGGAGGAGCUGGCGGGUUUGAGGACGUCGUUGGAGGCUGUGCUGAAUAAGGGUGCCGAAUUGGUUGUCCAGAAUCGGGGCGGACAGUGA